GGGACGGGUAAUAACUGGAAAAGCAGGACAUGGGCCCUUUAAAAACAUUGUUUGGUUUUAGUGUAAGGUUUUCUUACUGAUGGCCAAAACAAAACAACUCUACAGUAAAAAUAACUGAAUGUAUUAAUAUGCAAAUAUUGUUCAUUUUCUUUAGCUUAAAAGUGUGUCAACUAUACACAAAAUGUCUUACACUGCAUUCUGGAUACUCAGUGUGUAUGCCAAAAAUGUCCAACUCAAAGAAAAGGAGGAAAGUAGGAUGGAAGAUAUGUGAAUUGUUUACUGACAUGUGUUAAUAUAAAUGUGUUGAAGUUCAAAUGGACAAGGGGAAUUUGUGCUAAUAUAGUUUGUUGGUAAAUAAUAUGUAUGAAAUCAAUACAAAAUAUAGAUUCAAAUUUUAGGCAGAGUUUGCUUCUCCGUCUUUGGCCAAUGCAGAACUCUACCAGGAUCUCAAAUAUAAUAUAUGAUAUCCAAAAUUAAAAAGGUUGUUUUAGUUUGUUUCAGGCAUUUUCAAAUGUAAAAUGUAGAAAAGCAAAAAUGUGUAAGUAGCUUUUCAAAAGUAUGUUUCAUUUGUAACUUGUGUUCUUUGUAUCAUUUCAGGAGGUGGAUGUUCAGUUACCAAAUUAUGAAAUCAUGUGUAUGAUCAGAGACUUCAAAGACAGUCUUGACUGCAGGCCUUUGACCAGCAAUGAUCUGAUCGAGGAGCACAGGAUAUGCGUGUGUGUACGUGCCCGACCCCUCAAUAAAAAAGAGUUGACAAUGAAGGAUUUGGAUGUGAUCACCAUUCCCAGUAAGGAUGUGGUGAUGGUCCAUGAGCCCAAGCAGAAAGUAGACCUGACCCGCUACCUGGAGAACCAAACUUUCCGGUUCGACUACACCUUUGAUGAGAGCUCCACCAAUGAAAUGGUUUACAGGUUCACUGCUCAGCCUCUGGUUGAAACAAUCUUUGAGCGAGGAAUGGCAACUUGCUUUGCAUACGGACAAACUGGAAGUGGGAAAACACAUACGAUGGGAGGGGACUUUUCUGGAAAGAACCAAGACUGCUCUAAAGGGAUCUAUGCACUGUCUGCAAGAGAUGUCUUUCUCAUGAUAAAGAAGCCAAAUUACAAGAAGUUGGAUCUCCAAAUCUUUGCGACAUUUUUUGAAAUUUACAGCGGGAAGGUGUUUGACCUGCUUAACCGCAAAACCAAGUUACGGGUCCUGGAGGACGGCAAGCAGCAGGUGCAGGUGGUCGGGCUGCAUGAGAGGGAGGUGAAGUGCACAGAGGAGGUCCUCAAACUCAUCGAAAUCGGAAACAGCUGCAGGACUUCUGGUCAGACCUCGGCGAAUGCUCACUCUUCUCGGAGCCAUGCCGUCUUCCAGAUCAUUCUGCGCCGGCGGGGGAAGAUGCACGGAAAGUUCUCCCUUAUUGAUCUGGCGGGGAACGAAAGAGGGGCGGACACAUCCAGCGCUGACCGACAGACUCGCCUCGAAGGAGCCGAGAUCAACAAGAGCCUGCUGGCACUAAAGGUCUCCUCUUCACUACCUAGAUGUAUCCUGUGCUUAGCUUUAAAUCCUGUUUGGGUUGUGGAGGUUACUCCGUUUUUAA